UUAUGGCUAAGGGUAUUUGCUCAAAGAAAUUUUUGAGAGAAUUAGUGUGUGAGUGUAUGGGUCACUGUAUGGGUGAGCGUGUGGGUGAGUACGUAAGCGAGUGUGUGUUAAUGGGGGGGUGGGUGUAGGUGUAGGGGCGAGGGGUGAGUGACCACUAUAAGAACAGCCCGCCGCAGGGCUAAGCCAGACAACAUCCCACAGUGGUGGCGAUAUCAGUUCUCUGUCCGCCUCUCUCUCUCUCUCUCUCUCUCUCUCCGUUACUCUCUCUCUGUCAUUUAUUCACUUUCCUGUCUGUGGGAAGGAGCAGAGAAAAAACAGUCCAGCAUUACUGACCGCUUCCUCGCGAGUCCGAGAGAGUGUUUGAGAAAGGCUAUUUAAAAAAUUCAGUAUUACUUUAUCGCCGGAAAUAAUUUAUUUCUUGUUGACGCCAGUUGACUGCGGUGAGGAAUUUUAUUGUUUCGUGGCAUGAUGGAUGUGCGAGGCAAUGUCCCACCUCGGCCACAAGAUGGACAAUCCAUUCACAAAUACAAGAAACUGUACAUUCUGAAAUGGAUUUGUGUCAUUGUUACCUCGCUUCUCGUGUCGUCUGCUGCCGUUGUCAUCAUUGUUCACACUGCGCGUGCAGACAGGGCUGAUGUACUGACCGCUAUAAACCAGGUGUCCUCCAACAUUAGAGCCGUGCAGCAAAUGGUCGACAACCUGGAGGAGAAAGUGUCAGAUGACGUCAACAAGGCACGAAGUUCGGACAAGGCUGAUGUACUGACCGUUAUAAACCAGGUGUUCACCAACAUUAGAGGCCAGUUGUCUGCCGUGCAGGAAAAGAUCGACAACCUGGAGGAGAAAGUGUCCAAGGUGGAAGGUGAUAUCACGGCGGCAAGAAAUCUUAAGCUCUGCUCUCACAGAAACGGCUGUAAGCUGACCACUAGGCCUGAAACAAAGACCCAAUGUUACAAAUUGAUUGAAGAGAAAACUACGUGGGCAGACGCGAGAAAGAAAUGCGAGUCUCUCGGUGGCUUCCUGGCCGAGAUCCACGACAACGUCUCCCUGGAAUACGUGAAACAGGUUGCUGCCCCUGGUAAGACAUUUUACUGGCUCGGCGCCACUGACCAGGACGAAGAGGGCAUCUGGACGUGGGUCACGUCCGGCAAACGUCUGUCCGUGGAUGACUGGAACCAGAACGAGCCGAGCAACCGCGAUAACAAGGAGCACUGCCUGAUGGUGACGUUUAUUGGCAAUGGGGGAACAGCAUGGAACGACAAGCCGUGUGAUGAUCAGAUGAAAUAUCUCUGUCAGAGAGACGGGGACAACUGUGGGGACUGGAUGUAACUUGAGUGAAAGAAUACGAGUACCCCACCCCCUUUUUUUCGGAGAUGACUUCUAGCGUGCAGAUCACGGGGCCCGUGGGGGUCACAGUGGGGCUGGCGCUAAAUCUUACUGGAACAGGAAACAGUUGGCUGUGACCGUGGACGUGCGCAAAGACAUGGAGGGUUAUACUUUACUUUUACUACAUCUUGCUGUAAGGCUAAUGUUUUGGAAGAUUUUUGUCAUAAAUAUGAUAAAGGAGAUGAUGAUGAAUAAUUUGUUAUAUUAUCACAGACAUAGAAAAAA